UUGAGUCCCUGGACCCGCUCCAAUUGGACUCGUUAUUGUACGAAAUGAAUGGGGCGCUUCUGGACUUGGGGGAACGACAGUGAAGGGGGCCGCGAUGGGUCGGGCUAGCCAAUAGGAGGACUGGGGGCGGGAUGUUUUAAUCCUGGCAGGUCCUUCUGAGCUGCGCUCCCAGAGCGUUUGACUGACGUGCGUACAGGCCAAUUGGGUCUUCCUAUAGCUGCCUACGGGUCGGCCUUUGGGCCAUCGGAAUGCGAGAGGCGGGUUUUGCCCGUAUGAGUGGCGUCUCUCCGAGCCAAUGAACUCCAAGCGCGCGAUAGGCCGGCCUUCUGCGAGAGGCAGAGGCUGGACUCCAGUGGGGAGCGCGGGAGUCGCCAGGUUAAAUUCAUGGACCAAACCUGGGUAAAGUAAAUGGAGAGAUCUCCUGAAAGAGAGUGAUCUUAUCUUUAGAGGGAGUUGUGGGGGUGGAUACGUCAUCUACAGUGACUCCUAUAAGGGAAGCAUCCAUUCCGUCCAUCACCUUAACGAAAGCAUAUGUUUUCUUGUGACCCUCGAGUUUGGCUCUUUUAGGAACCUGGUGGCCUUAGUCCUUCCAGUGGAUUAGCGUGCGACAUGGGAAAGAAAACCAAGAGGACAGCUGACAGUUCUUCUUCAGAGGAUGAGGAGGAGUACGUCGUGGAAAAGGUGUUAGACAGGCGCAUGGUUAAGGGACAAGUGGAGUAUCUGUUGAAGUGGAAAGGCUUUUCUGAGGAGCACAAUACUUGGGAACCUGAGAAGAACUUGGAUUGUCCUGAACUAAUUUCUGAGUUUAUGAAAAAGUAUAAGAAGAUGAAGGAGGGUGAAAACAACAAGCCCAGGGAGAAGUCAGAAGGAAACAAGAGGAAAUCCAGUUUCUCUAAUAGUGCUGAUGAUAUAAAGUCUAAAAAAAAGAGAGAGCAGAGCAAUGAUAUCGCUCGGGGCUUUGAGAGAGGACUGGAACCAGAAAAGAUCAUUGGGGCAACAGAUUCCUGUGGUGACUUAAUGUUCUUAAUGAAAUGGAAAGACACAGAUGAAGCCGACCUGGUUCUUGCAAAAGAAGCUAAUGUGAAAUGUCCACAAAUUGUGAUAGCAUUUUAUGAAGAGAGACUGACGUGGCAUGCGUAUCCAGAAGAUGCGGAAAACAAAGAGAAAGAAAGCACGAAGAGCUAAAAGGAGGGGAUGGUCUCUGUCAUUUCUCUUUGUAUAUAAUACGUUCACCCACCUGCCUCCUCUCCCUUCUCCCAUCCCUUUCCAUCCUAAACACAUCCAUAAAAUAUGUGCUUAUCACUGUGCUCCAUGGGAGAGAAGAUGGUAUUGGUUCUCUUGUAAUAUAACUGAUGGUCGGAUUCAUAAGUGUAACUCUGUGAAAAUCAGGCAUUUACAUGCUGUGUGUAAUUCCCAGUUUUUUCUUUUACCUUCAUCUUUUUCUUCUGCUCCCCUGUAACUUUUUAAUCACCUUAGAAUUAUGAUCUUUUUGGGCCAGUUGCUUUUUAGAUGGGGGAUUUUAUUACAAUGAUGAUGACUUCGGCUUCUUGAUUGUUAUUAGAAUAUAUUGAUGACCAGCUGGCCUUUGUUGUGACAUACUGGCAUAGAAAGGUUGUCCAUCUUUUAGAAAACCAAUAGCAGCAGCCUACUUGUAUCUUUUUCAGUCUCAUUAACUCUGCCAGGAGAACAUAGAAUUCCUAGUGUGGUCUUCUGAGCCACCCUGUCUAUCCUAAUUUACCUUCCUAUAACAGUUCUGUCCUUUAGUGGGCUUGAAACUUGAUAUUUAAAUCUGUCGAGGCACCCUGUUUAUCCCUCUGGCUUUUUUGGCUUUGUUAAUAUCAGUCCCUGAUUCUGCUUCUGUAAGAUGGCAUCAAUCGGUCAUAAAAUGACAAGAUUAACUUUGGAAUCUGUAAGCUGUAGUGCAGGGGAUGGUAGGAUGGGGCCAUACAUAAUUGUCUUUGUAUCACGUGGCAUGUAUGUAUUCUUUCCUUUCACCCCUCAUAUUUAGACUAUAUUUAUGUAGAUGUGAGUGAUUGAUUGCCUGGUGCUUGCUUGUGCCAAGGUGCUGGGCACCCUGUAACCCUGCCAACUUUUAUGCCCUCCCAAAGCAUUCCUGUUACCAAAGAGGCAUCAGCAGAUUCAACGCUCAGUGGACUCACAUUCCCUUCUGGGAAUGGAAAUUGGAAAAUGGAAGUUGGAAAUUCUUAGAGAGAAGCCAGCCACUAGCCACAGACCAGUUUUUAAAUACUCACAGUAGUACUAAUGGUAACUUCACUGCCUCAGGACUCCUGGAUUUGCCAUCAAGUCUUAUAGUAUUAAAUGUUCCUCACCUUCCCCACCCUCGGAGUUUUAGCUGUAUCUUACUUUUAAAACUGUACUUUCCUGGAAGAAAAGAAGUCUCAGAAAGUGACAGGUCUUGACAUGAGCUUUUUGAUACGACCCUCUCUCUCAACAAACUUUACUUUUAGGGUUACUCUUGCUUUGUUCUUAUAUUGAAAAUUUUUUCUGACCCUAAGGAAAUAACAGGGUUUGGAGCUAAGUACUCUUGUCCCAGCUCCAAAGCUGGGUAAAAAAAAGGGUAAAUGCUGAGGUAGCCUUAAUGCUAGACUUCAUCAGCUACUGAAACUCUCUGUUGUUGCUUUUGAUUCUUAAAACAUAGGUGUCUGGGCUGGAGCAUCCAGCCAUUCAUAGUAACGAGACAAGUGUAUUGAGUGCUCCAGUCCACAGAGUCCACAGAUGAGCCAGAUAAUAUGCAAAUCAUAGGCCCGUUCAUAGCAUUUGUUAGCAUUGCUUGCCUGCUCAACUGCUGACUGAAUUUUGUGUGUGUGUAUAAAUUAUGUCAGCAUUACACUGCACAGUUGAGAAGACAGGUGUUGCAGUGACAGGGCAGACAGACAGUGAAACUUUGCUUUAAGUCAUCCAGGAAGAUCCUGGGAAUGGAAGUGUGGUCAGGGAAGAGCACCUAACCGGUACCUCACAUGGGUGAGUGGGUGUUUCUCUCUCCACAGUCCAUUGGUCUCUGAAGGAGUUAGAGGUUAGAUCAAGUGCUGGAUAAGACAACAGUCUGUGCUUAGCUUGAGGAAAGGAAGGUUGGUUAGAAAGCAGAUUGUCCAGUAAUUUGGGUAGAUGAAAAUGGGACAGAAGUAAGCCAGAGCUCCUGAGGUGAUCUAAAUCUCUUGAUUGACAACUGGAAGAAAGGACAGCCUGCCUGAGUAGUCAGUAGUAGUGGGCGUGUAAAUUGGGUUGACCAAACUUUUCUAAAGCAAAAUCUUAGCCUGUGGGCAACUGCAUAACAAUGAUAUUUAGUACUAAGACUGCUCCCUAAGAAGCCAGUCCUGUUGGCUUCAGAGUAUAGCCACAGACUGAUACCGGAGUAUUAUAUGUUCAAAUACCUGCUGGGGAACUUUGUGAGGCCCUGUCUGAAAGUAAAAAGGAUUAAGGAUAUAGUUUGGUGAGAGUUCAAUUCCUUGUAAUGCAAAAAAAGUGAAGGGAAGGCGUGACCCUGAGAAGCCUACUGUGCAUUAUCACUGAGACAACAGAUGGUGUUUACCUGUGAUUCCAGUAUUAUCUUCAACCCUUAGUGUAAAAGCCCUCACUGUGAAGAAGCCAGACCCCUGUGUGCCUCUAGCAUGUGUUAGUGCCAAGUAGCUUGUUUCUGCUAAAGAAUGGCGGCCUCCGGCACAAGAAUUUCCUACAAAUUUCUUCCCUAUAAAGAGUUAGCAGCCAAAGGUGAAACACUCCUGAACACUAAGUACAUUUUCCUGGGUUUAAAUCCUUUCAGAACUAAUUUCGUAUGGCUAGCUUAGACAUGCCCCAACACCAUCAUUUUGUUGCUAUUGUGUUUGGUUUUGGUUUGUUUGGUAGGAUGGUUGGUUUUGUUUGUUUUUGUUUUUUAAGACAGGGUUUCUCUGUGUAGCCCUGGCUGUUCUGGAACUUGCUCUGUAGACCAGGCUAGCCUCAAACUGCCUCCUUAGUGAUGAGAUUAAAAGCGUGCACCACCACAGCCUGGCUCAAGACAUCUUUCUAAUGCUGAAUUUUUUUUUCCUUCUGUGGUAGUCCUGGCUGUUUCUUGCUGGCUUCACUCUCUAGUAGGCAUGUUACCAAGAGGAUUUUGCCAGCUUUACAUAAAAGCAGAGGUGAACAGGAUAACCUUCCAACUUCACAUUGUGCUGUUCACAUUCCUACAACAUUAGCGUACAUCAAUAUUGGCUUCAUUCAACAAACAUUUUUGACUCAGGAUACAAAGUUCAAACACCCUUGCCCCUCAGAGAUCUUUGAUAAUGACAUGGAAUGAAUUGAUAAAUUACAGUUUUUGUAUAAUAAAUACUACAUGUGCAUUUAAAGUUCUGGUUUGGGACACAAACAAGCAGUCACAUGUAUACAGAGAAAAGUCUUGAGUGGGGAGUUCAGUGUAAUGUGCUUGUGAGGCAACCAUGAAGCCCUGGGUUCCCACAGGAAAGAACCCUGGAGUAGGAAGGUGCCAUUAGUUACUUCAUCUGAAAAAUACCUAUGGUCUCCAAGAACUGAGUUCAUUGGCCAUAGGGAGCAUUGCAGAAAGUAAAGCUAAGAAGUAGACACGCUGUCAUUACCAAGAGGGUGCAGCUGUUUGGGCUCUGCCGAACUGUGACUGUAGGCCCGCUUUGCUUGUGGAAAGUGUUGUCUACAUUGCAGAUGCCAGUGCGUGCUGUGCUGUUGUGGGUCCUGCUCUACAUUCCUAUUUUGUGGGCAUUUAUUUUAGGAGGUUGUUCACACUCUUCAGUUUCUCAUCCCAUUUGGAGAAAUCAACAUAAGGCUGGUUUUAAUGACAGGCUUUAUUAAAACAGCUUACGGAAUGUCUGCCUCUGGAUCAAGCACUGACAGUCAUUCUAAGCCGCACCUGUGUCACUUAUGUAAGAUCUUCCCCAGAAAUAUAUGCCCUGGCCCCUCCCACUUUAUCUGUCCAGAGAGGUGUAUCACAAGGCCCCUCCCAAUUCAGGUUCUCAUGCUGACUGGAGAAAAAGGUCUUAGCUCUACCUGGGUAAUUGACUGCCGUUGGAAGUCAGAAUUCCCAGGAAUUCAACUCACUGUUCUAGAAAGUUAAAAUGUGAAGUUUCUUGUUUCUUUGCUUAUGCUGAAUUUUUUUGAAUUUAAUCUACCUCAUCUUAAUUUUGUGUCACCACUUGCGCGUCAGGCUUGACUUUGGUCUAGGAUGGUAUCAUUCCUGUUCAUUGACAGCUCAUUCUCUUGCCUUUUCUGUUGGCCCUCAUUUCACCUAACAUCAUCUCCUAUUGCUCCUGUCAGAAAUAUGUUUUAGAGUCUUUUUUAUGGGAAGAAGUAAUCCACCAAUGCUGCUUGCCUCUGAGGUCAGUGAGAGAAGGAGUUAAAACACCGUGGUGGAGGAAGGGCACAUCCUGCACUGGAGGCGAAAGCUGACAAGGGAAGAGACAUUAAUUAAAGACAAUUUCAAAGUCAACUGAUUGUGAUCAUUAAUGUCACAAUAGAUCAAAACCUAAUUAUCACAGCCUAGGUAAGAGCCAUCAGUAUUAAUCGGAAAAUCUAAUAGGAAACUAUUAUGAAGAAAUUAGGCCAAAUUGAAUUUGAUGAACUUUUUAUCAUCCCCUUUUUUGGUAAUGUUCCUUGGCAUUGGCAAGUGUGACCCUAACAGUUGGUCUAAGCCCAAAUAGUUUCACUUGUAAAGAGGCUUUUUUUUUUCUUUUUAGUAGCCCAGGCUGGCCCUCCUGCUUAUAGUUGUCCUGCCUCCGCCUCCUGAGCGCUGGGAUUAUGAGAGGGUGUGUGCAUUCAGGCUUGUGUGUGUUGGGACUGGGGGUAAACUAAGGUCCUUGUAUAUUCUAGACAAGUGCUCUACCACUGAACUAUAUUCCUAGCUCAGAGUGUUUUGUUGGUUAGGGGAGUUUCCAGACAGACUGAACCUGAGCUGUCAUUGCUGAAACACUACCCUUGGGUUUCAUUGCCUGGAUUCGUCCAGUGUAAUCAGCCAUCAGUGAAAUAUAUCUUAAAGCCUUAGAGUGCCUGUGGUGAGCUCUGGGCUUCUGUUGUGUGUUCUUGUUGAAUGUAGAGUUCUUUGCUGGCUGCUGUAAAGGCUGUGGGAGGAAGGAGAUGUCCUGCUUUGAAAUUCUUGGAGAACUCCUAAAGAGAGAGUUUCCUUGUGUGACAACAUUCUCAAGAUGCAAGUCAGUGUUUUCCAGCUUCUAGUAGCAUUAGGGUUUGAUUCUCAACCAGCUCCAGCAGUGCCCUCCUCCCCCAUAGUUUUAAGAUAGGAACAUAAUGAUUUCCACUGGUGUUCUAAGGGGUGGGUAAGGCCUCAACUGGUUUCUGUCCACCUUGGUUUGUUUCUGGUUUUCUUUCUGCGUUACAAGUUACGUCUCUGGCAGCAGGAGGAGCCAUCCAUGUAUCCCUAAGUUUAUGAAGAUGCCACCACUCUUGGGUGAGGUGAGGUAGCCUGGGAAAGCUGCAUUCCUUUGGGUGUCACAGGAGGAAUGCCAGACAGUGGAAGUCAUUAGAAUCAUGGACACUUGUUUCCCGAUUGUGGGUGCAGCCCUGCCGCCAUGUUCCAGUGCUGCUUCCUGACCCACAUGAGAGGACCAUGCUGCCUUUUGCAUUUUUGGGAUCUGGACUACUCAGUAGAAGCCUGAGAAAUCAAUGGUCCUAAGUGAACGUUGGUGUUUAAAAUGCAACCUAAUUUUCAAAAUGGCACUAAGGAGAGCUUCAGAAGCCAGAUUCCUCUAGUUGGCCCUAGGUGAGCAACAGCCCUCAUUUAACAGUUGCUUGGUUGCCCUCAUCUGGCUGAGUGAGGUGACUGAAAGUAAAAUGUUACAAUGGACACUGACCGUGCCAGCCAACCCACUUGGUCUUUAUUAAGGCUGACCUUGGGCAAGUCUUUCCUUUCAAUCUGUCAAGUGGGGUGAUAACACUGACCUACCUCAUGGGGUGUUGUGAGGCAUUGCAGAUGAGAGCUGAUGACUCCUUUGGGGUUGCCUGUGGAGGAUGCCUUGAAUCAACGUUUUAGCUGUCACUGAGCUAUUUCCAGGUUUGGAAGUACUUAGUGACCUCAGCGAGUUUCUGCUCCCCACCCCUCAUUAAAGCUGCUAAUUCACAUGUUGACAGUGUUUGUGAAUGUUGAAAGUCUUGAUAGUUCAGAUUAACUUGGGAUGUUAGUAGGGUAGGCACUGGGGUUUUGUGUCUUGCAUUCACAGAGAGGCUGUUUCAAACUCAAGAAUUUUGGGUUAGGAGAUCAAGAGGCGGGAAUGUUACUGCAUGUCUUUUUUUGUAGGUUGGAAGUUAAGAUUCUUCCCGUGGAUUUAUAACCACUUCUUACUGGUGAGCAAAGCAACCUUGGUAGUUUGGAUUUAUAUUGUUGCUUUCCUUUUCCAGACUGAUCCCAGGACAGUGAGGUCACUGCUCCUUCAUGUUCCUAAGCCUCUGCUUCUCAUGGAGACCAGAUGGUUCAGUCAAAAUAACCUCCAUCUGCCACCAAAAAAGAGCUACUUUGAAUUUUUUUUCCAGAAAUAGGUGGAACAUUCAAAAUUGAGCUUUGGUUCUCAAGACUUCAUCCAGUUCACUGUGUGUGGAAUCUGUCACCUCUUUCCAAGUGUUCACAGUCCAACUCUGAGGACAUCUUUUCUGACUGAGGUUCAAGAGCCUAUUCUUUCCAUCUCACUUAGAGGCUAAGGCAGCCCGUAGCUCUUCCUGACAGGACUCUUCCUCUUUCCCCCUCCUUGACCCUGGAUUGGUAACCCAUGAAAAAGCACAAGGUCCUGGCUCCCUGGAGGCCCACACUCCAGUUCUGUUAGGUGUACUCUGCUCCUAAUUGGGGGGGGGGGGACUGUCUUUGAAGUUCUGAAGGAUGGGGAAGGAGCCGCCUCAUGUCCUGCCAAGUAGUAGCCAGAAGUUGCUUUACCCCUGCCUGCUGACCACGUUCCCACCUUCUCACAGAAUAGGCUUUCAGAGACCUUAGAGGCUGGGUUUCCUCAGCAUUGUGCUAUACUGAGUAGGAAGCAGGUCAUCCCUUGUAGCCAGGUGUCUGAAUGGAAGUAAGACAUUGAAUCUCUGUGGACCUUUUUGGUUUGUGGGGGGGAGUUGGUUGCGUUUCUUGGUUUUAUUUCAGCCAAACUCCAUUUGCUUUUGAUUUCUUUAAAGGAUAAGUGUUCUAUAUAUAUGUUUGCAUUUAAGUGUAAAUGUUUUAAAAAUAGACAUGUCUUUCUACAACUGACAUCCAGUUCAGACAUCAUUCUCCCCUUCCACCCUCUUUCCCCCCUUUUCAUACUCUUGUAUUGGUUCUAAUAAAUGGUUGCUUUUCAAA